GCUGAUAAAGAACGAGUCAGUCAGAGGAACUUGAGCUGAGAUUGAAUUUGUGGAAGUAAAGUUAAAAUAAAACAGUCCAUCAGUUGGUUGUUCUGGAGCUUUCUGUUUUAUCUUCCUCAGCAGAUUGACCUGUACAUCCUCCUCCUCUGAGUAUCUUAUAUAUUGAAUAUACAUCCUCUAAUUAAAAUCUCCAGCGUGCACUCUGAUGUCACACUGACAACUCCUCGUGUUGACUUUUCGCUUCAGCUGCAGGGCGACAAAAGAAACGUCCACUAACGACAGACCACAGAACGGCGCCUUUAAUUAGAUCUAUUGAUGCCUACUUCCGCACUUACCUGUUGUAUAGUUCACCUGUUCUUUGUGAGGCAGUUUAAAAGGGUUUGCUCAGACUGAGAUGAAGGCAAACAGCCAUGUCAGCUCUGAGGGUUGCAACUUUUAUUGCUCUCAUCGGUAUUUCUAGCAGUCAGACUUCAGACUGCUCCUACUUGGGUCUUCUGAAACACUUGAACCUGACAUCGACGAAUGAGGUUCUACAGAUAAUGCGGCCCGUGAAGAACUGGACGACAUCCACCCUUGUUCAGGUGGACAUGUUGCUGUACGGUAUUUUACAAGUGGAUGAGAUGUCUCAAACUGUCACAAGUCACAUCUGGAUUGAGAUGAGUUGGAUGAAUGAAUUCCUGACUUGGAAUUCUUCCGACUUUUGUGGGAUAGAGAAGUUUACCGUUCCGAUGUCGAGCCUGUGGACCCCCGAUGUAACCAUCCUAGAGGAUGCCUCUGAUACUUCGAGUAUUUACAGAAGUCCACUUAGCCAAGUCACCAGCGGUUGGGUGUACACAACCACUCGUCAGCGGCUGACGUUCACCUGUCAGAUGAAGCUCAAAGACUUCCCCUUUGAUACACAGAAGUGUACGAUCACAUUUUCGUCCAUGACCUCUGAUGCAGGAGUCAUCUACCUAGGAACAGUCAAAAAUGACACAGCUCUCACUAUAGCCUCUGAGACGUUCAUGGUCACACAGGGAGAAUGGGAGCUUAUCAUAAUGAUGAGGAAGCCGAUGCUUUAUGUGGUGAUUUUAAUUGUGCCCCUGUUCUAUUUAUUGAUCCUGGAUCUGGCCUCCUUCUUCAUCAGCGAGGCCAGAGGAGAAAAGCUGAGCUUCAAAGUGACUGUCCUCCUUUCCAUCUCCGUCUUACUGCUGAUCCUUCACGACAUGUUGCCUUCCACUGAAGAAAACCUGCCAAUGAUGGCCGUCUACUGUGUUGUGACCUUCGCCCUGGUGGGGAUCAGCCUUCUGGAGGCCAUGCUGGUGAGCUUCCUAUUCGACCUUGACUGUUAUUGUGGUCAGAAGACUCGAAGCUCUGUUAACGCCCAAGAGGAGAUUCAGCUGGAAGCAGACUUUGACAAAGGUAAAGUUUCUACAGACUAA